UAUAAACCACUGAAGGGCGAGGACGAGGCACAGAUUUCAUCUUUGGUCUCCAAGAUGACACCAUCCUCAUUACUCAUUCUUGGCUGCGCGUUUAGUGUCGCAUUUGGCGAAUCUACCAACAGCUAUGCACAGUCAACAAAAGUCCCAGAGGCUGCUGAUGUUAAUGACACCAAUGGAGAUCCUGCAGCAUCGAUUGAUUUAACCUUAGAGGAUUCUGAACCUCUUAUUUCCGGGGACCCUGGGAGCCAAACUCCAACAGGCGAAGAAGCCUCUGAAGGGGAUCUAAGUUCCUCAAGAGCUGAAAAAGCAUCCCUAGGAGAAUGGGAAAAACCCUGGCCCUACCCAGGAGUCCUCGUGCGAGCCAUUGGAGGCCGCGUUGAUCCAAGCGUCCUGUAUGAAAGAUUCGGGAGGUACGAGUAUGCGGGCAAUGGGCUGUUUAGAAGCGCCGCCGUCAGGAGUAACCCAAACGUUGGGGACACUUCAGACGAGACGAGGGUUCGAGGAUCUGGUGCGAAUGUUAGGUCACUGGGGUCACCUGAAGGACCUGGAGAUCACGAUACGAAAUCUUCCGAGAGUGCUGAAGAACCUGAUGUGAGUUUUAGGUCAUCCGAGUCACCUAAGGUCAACGAAAGUGAAGUUUCUGAAACGGAAACAAUGGGUGGUCCUUCAAUUGGACCGGAAGAUGGAGAUUCCGAUGAUGAGAAUAGGGGAGUGUCCGUUGAUGAUUCUACUCCAUCUAGUUAACAUUGUAUUAAUGUUGAAGUUCAUCUUCUUGAAUAUAUAUAAAUAUAUAUAUACAAGUAUAUAUAUAUAUAUAUAUAUA